AAACUAAAUUAUUUGCGAAGAUAUUUGUUGCAAUCUGAUGUGCUGUGCGUAAAUAUUCAACUUGAAAUGUACGCACAUAAAUAAAAGUGAAAAUUUACAUGCGUUAGCUAAUGUCUUCGAGCAGAAAAUAAGUAUUCAAAGAUUCGUUUUUCUCUUACAAUGUUUUAUGGAGAUUAAAGUGACGCAAACAGUGAUUAAAGUGAUAAUAUGGAGAUUUGAUAUUGCAAUACAAACAUAUUUUUGUCUGUGGUUAUAAAACAAUGAUAUAAAUGUAUCGUAAAACUAUUCAUCGAUAACAACACGACUCUUCGCUGGUCUUAGACAAGAGAUAACUUUGUUUGUUCAAGACCAUAUUACCUAGAUUCUUGGUACGAUUAUUUGUGUUGAAAAAAGUUGGGAUAUGACAACAUACGUGAUAUCACUUACAACGUGAUUUCUUUUUGAUAUCUUCAUUAUUUUGAUAAGUUUUGUUUGUAAAUAGUUUUAUAAUUAGGUAGAUACCUACUCUGAAAUAUGCUAUUCCACUUUGCUCACGGUAAUCAAACAUCAUAAAGUAUGAGACAAAACGACGCGUAAUCUUUAAAGUAAAUAAAAUUAAUCGGCUAUUUCCACGUACUCAUAUCUAUUUUUUACCUUGGAUUUAAUAGCAGAAUAAAGGUUUUAAACGUUCUAAAGCUAAAAGCAUAUUGCUUAUAGAAUUGUAUAGUUAUUUGACUACAAAACAGACUUGUUUCUUUUAAUAAUAACUAAAAAAUGGCUUUGGAAUAGAAUGUAAAAUUAUACCUACACUGUAAUAUUAAAAUGCUUUAAAAGUCUUAAUCGCUAAGAUGGAUUAAUAUAAUUAUAAGCGAAUAUACUUUUAUUGUGUUUUUGCUAGUUUUAGAUUAGUUAGUAACUAUAUAAAAGAAAGUAAAUUUAUCUGAGAAAUUUAGAUCAUUGGAAUGGCGAACAGAAUUUGGGUUGCCGUCGGCAUUAUUUUAAGCUUGUCGAGCCAAGUACAGAGUGCCGUAGACUGUAAUACCACGGGAGUUGGUCGCUUCGCCGAUCCAACAGAUACCACCUGUAAAAAAUAUACGCUCUGCGUCUACAACUCCAGUACUAAAAUCUACACUUCAUACAAUUACACUUGUCCAACCACCCUCUUUAAUCCAAAUACCGGCACAUGUUCUCCAGAUUACGUAUGUGAAGUAACGAAUCCGGCAUCGAGUCUAUGUACAGAAGACGGAUAUAUACCCAAUCCGAAUUCGAAUUGUACUGGUUUCAUAGAGUGCGUCAAAAUCAACAACACUUUUACCGCAACGAAUUAUUCAUGUCCGGAUGAUACGUUCUUCAAUCCCAACACUACUCUAUGUGAGACCAGUUAUAAAUGCCCGACACCAACUUUCACCUGUACAGCAGCAGGACGCUUCGCUAAUGAAGCUGACAGUACUUGCCAAACAUACUACAUGUGCGUAUUAGUAUCGUCUAAUGGAACAUACGUACAAGAAAAAUACAAUUGUCCCAGUACAUCAGUGUUUAGUCCUUCGUCUAGUUUCUGUACAACAUCGUAUGCUUGUCCAUAGUAUAUUCCAGUAGAAAAUGUUUGAUUUAUAAGAUUAAAUAUAGAUUUUUGAUUACAUUAUGGUUUACUUAAUAUGCUGAGCUUUGUCGUCUCAUUAUAAGCUGAGGAUUAAUGUUAAUACUUGGUUUAAACCCUUGGUUGAAUUCAUUAAAGGU